AUGGCUCGUACCAAGCAAACUGCACGAAAAUCAACUGGUGGUAAAGCUCCACGCAAACAACUUGCCACAAAGGCAGUUCACACCAACUUGUGCGCCAUCCACGCCAAGCGUGUCACCAUCAUGCCCAAGGACAUUCAGUUGGCCCGUCGAAUCCGCGGAGAGCGAGCAUAA